AUGCGUUUCUCCGUCCUUACCGCUCUCGCCCUCGUUGGCGCUGCCCUUGCCACCCCUCAGGCUGCUAAGAUCCCCUCCGGCCAGCCCUGCAAGCAAGAUGGAAGCAUGGGAGUCUGCGACAGCGGUCUUUGCGUGCAAACCCCCAGCCAGGCCCAGGGCGUGUGCAAGUGA